AGAUGUGUGUUAGAUGCGCAUGGGAUUAGUUUUUGUUAAGGUUUAUCGUGAGUCGAUUGAAAGUAAAAUCAUCAUGAAGAUUAUGUUUUUAAUUUCAGUCAUAUUAAUAUUACUACUUCAACUAUGUAACGCACAACUUGAUUUACCGAUUUUGCCUACACUACCUGGAGAUAUACUGGAUGAAGGUCGACAAAAUCAGAACAAUACAUCCCAUAGUAGUGAAAAUGGUGAUUUACCGAUUUUGUCUACACUGACUAGAAAUAUACUGAAGAGACUUAAUGACAGAGAAAAUCAGAACAAUGAACCCCAUAGUAGUGGAAAUAAUGGUUUACCGAUUUUAUCUCUACUGACUAGAAGUAUGGAUAGAGGUCAAUCUAAUCGUAACAGAGAAAAACCAGAACAAUGAAUCCUGAAAACGGUGGUAGAAAUGAUAUGAGACAAGGAUACACAUUUUAGGCUCGUAGUUCUUUCAACUUUCUAUCAAGAAAUAUGAAGGUCUAGGUUAUUUCGAUAAAUAAGUAUAUUAAUCCUACCUCUUAAAAUAUGGAUCAAAAAUAAAUGAUAUGCAAUGA